GACCGGCCCGCCAUGGUCUUAGCGUUUUCUAAAGAGAGAGAGAGAGAGAGAGAGAGAGAAAGUGAAACCAGUAAAGUAAUCAAUUCUCUUCGUCGGUUUAAAAGAAACAAAAAAAAAAACUCCGGAGAAGAGUAAACCGAUGUCGUCGUCUUCCCCUUCAGAUCCCACAGUGGCGCGUGAUCAACAUGCGCCACUUCUCCGCCCGCGUCAGGACGGAUUCUCCGCUUCUUCAUCAGCCGCCAGGCCCACAGCUCUCGCCGUUCUCUUGGGUCGGAUCACCGGCCACCGCGCGCCGUCGAUACUCGUGAGAGAGACGGCGGCGCGUGCUUUCGAGGAGAGACGCAUCGACUGGGGCUACUCAAAGCCCGUCGUCGCCGCUGACAUACUCUGGAACGCCGCUCUGGUAAUCGCCUCGGCGGUUAUGCUUGUCGGCACCGUCGAAGAAAGACCAAACGAGCCGAUCAGGGUGUGGAUCUGCGGAUACGGGUUACAGUGUUUGAUCCACGUGGCGUUGGUUUGGUCCGAGUACUGGAGGAGAAACACGAGGCGUAGAGCUAGAGACUUGGAGUCCGGUGACGGUCUCGGUUACAACAGUGAGUAUGAUCAUGAAGAAGAUGGUGAUAAUUCAACAACAUACAGUUUUGCGAAAAGAUGCGAGUCGAUAAACACUGUUUUAUCGUUCAUGUGGUGGAUACUUGGAUUCUACUGGGUUGUACAAGGUGGAGAUAGGCUUUUAGGAGAAGCUCCUAACCUUUACUGGUUGUCGGUGAUUUUACUGGCGAUUGAUGUGUUCUUUGCCAUUUUCUGUGUUGUUUUGGCUUGUCUUGUUGGGAUAGCUCUCUGCUGUUGCCUCCCCUGCAUCAUCGCUCUUCUUUAUGCCGUUGCAGGAACGGAAGGGGUAUCAGAGGCGGAGCUAGGAGUUCUUCCGAUGUACAAGUUUCAGGCUUUUCAUAGCAACGAGAAGAGCAAUACCGGAGCUGGUAAAAUGGUUCCCGUUCCAACUGAUGGUUUAGGCUUGGCAACUGAAAGAACAUUACUUGCUGAGGAUGCGGACUGUUGUAUAUGUCUGAGCUCUUAUGAAGAUGGAGCAGAGCUUCAUACUCUUCCUUGCAACCACCAUUUCCAUUUCAACUGUAUAGUUAAAUGGCUAAAGAUGAAAGCAACGUGCCCUCUCUGCAAACAUAACAUCCUUAAAGGAACCACUGACCAAUCUUGAAGCCGGACUCUAAUAAAACAGAGACAUAAGUUCCAUUUCAUCAGUUAAAAACUCUUUUGUAUAUAUAACAUGAAAAAUCAUGUAUCUAUUGUUAAAGGUAUCCAUUUUUAAUUGUAAAAGAUCACAUUAUACAUAUCAUCUCUAAGUUCAAGUACA